AUGGAAGCUUCGCUCCCUUCUCAAGCGCCUAAGCCCAUAUAUCCUCAGCCGACCGUUGCUGUCAGGAUCGAGAAAUGCAUUGUCCUCUUCACGGGCGUGUCGAAGAUAGCGCUUGAGCGCACGAAGGGGCUCGUCCAACUUGGAGAAAGAUGUAAGACGAUUGAGCAUGAGCUGGUACAGCGGAGCGCCGGUCUGCACUCCCCGGAAGUGCGGGCCGCAGUGGAUGCGACGCAGAUAGCUCUGCAAGUCAUUCUGGAUCAAUGUGAAAUAUGGCUCGAUAAGGGUGUUGUACAACGAGCAUUGAACACGGACAUCAUCCAACGCCAACUUGACACGUGGAAUGAGAAGUUGAAUGACUGCAUGCAGGACUUUGCCCGAAGGAUUGUGUUCGAAGUCCUUAACGUUACGUCAGGUUAUGGAGCUGAAGCAUCGCGUUUCUACGUCCGUAUGCUGAAGCAGGGCGAGACGUUCACAGCACUGCUCCAAGCGAUUAAACGUAACACCGACCUGACACAACAGCAAGUUCAGCUGUUAAUGAAUCGCGCCCAAGAAGUGCAAAUUCAAUCCAAGCAACUCACCUCACAGGAACGCGACAUGCUUUACGAUUCGCUUCGAUCUAUUGUCUCCAAGUCAAAGUCUCGUCAGGUCUUUCCCCUUGUGGAAGUUCAAGGUAUACUUGAGAUGGAUGACCACACAGUUUUAUUGAACCACAGCUCUGACAUCUAUCGGGGGCGGCUUGACGGCAGACCAGUUGCGGUCAAGCGCCUUCGCGACCCGAACUCAAGCCCAAUGCGUGUCGCUAAAUUCAUGUACGAGGGUUAUAUCUGGAGGAUGCUGAAACACAACAACGUGCUCCCCUUCCUCGGUCUUCACGUGAAUCCCAGAGGUGAAGUUGGCUUGGUCACUGUCUGGAUGCCACACGGCGAUGCGAUGCAAUAUAUACACAAUAAACCGGACUGCGAUCGGCGAGCAAUUAUACGAGGCACAGGGGAGGGAAUCGCGUAUCUCCAUCGUCAAGAAAUCAUUCACGGCGAUAUUCGGGGCAGUAAGAUUCUUAUUGACGAGGUCCACGACAUCACAGGCACUUGGCCUCAAGCUCGACUGGCAGACUUCGGUCUCGCCGCAAGUUCCGAGAGCGAUCAAGAAGCAGUUUACGACGGCACGUCCGCCUCACUGAUGCUCACCGUAUGUCGCUGGCUUGCCCCCGAACGGUGCAACUCGGGUCCCGAAGGUCUUCCUGUGUUUGCAAGUGACGUGUUCAGCUUCAGCAGGACGAUGCUCGAGAUCGCUACUGGAACGAAACCUUUCCCGGAGCAGAAGGCGGUUUUUCAUCUCAUCAAAAGGCUUUGUACUGGCACCCUGUGGCCCGUUCGUCCAGUUGGUGAUAAGAUCGCUGAGUCGAUCAUCACAGAUGAGGUGUGGGAGUUGAUGAUGCAGAUGUGGGCGGCGGAACCGACGGCGCGUCCGACGAUGGUUCGAGUGCAGUCGAAGUUAGAGCGAUUGCUGUAGUGAUUAUAG